UUAGUUUUAAUUUAAAGUUUGUUUAAGAUAGUAAAAUCACAGACAAUCCUUAAAUUAUUAUAAAAAAUAAAAAUGUCGAUUUUUAAUGACACCGAUUCAUUACUUCGUUUAGCUGAUUUACUAAAUCCUCAAUCGAAAAUAGACGAUUCGGAAUCUGAGGAUGAUGAAAAUCCUAAUCUCAUUAAUAAAUUAAAUCCUGGUAGUUUUGGAGCAACACAACAAGAAUUUGAAGCUAAGCCUGUCAAAACACAAAAUGAGCCUCCGGUGGAGAAAAUGCCGAAAAGUUUUGAAGAAUGGGAAGAAAUGCAAGCAAACGAAACGGCGGAAAUUUUGGAGACUCGUAAGUGUCCUGAGUAUAAAAUGACCUAUCGUCAAGCUGUAGGCACCGAAGACGUAUUUUUGCAAAUGGGUAAUCGUAGUGCCUCUUCUGCCAGCUGUGAGGAUUUACUAUUGGAAAUUAUGUUGCCUGGAGAAACCAUGCCGGCGGAAAAAAUGACAUUAUCCAUUAAGGAGCAAGAAAUAGAUUUGGGUACGAACAUGUAUCGCUUGAAAUUGCCACUGGUGCAUAAAGUUGACGUCGACCGCUGCAAGGCUCAAUAUGAUGUGGACUUGCAGAAAAUGUGUUUGGCAUUGCGUUUAAAACGUGAAUUUGAUUAUGUGAACUUUUAAAUUCAGUAAAUUAUUUCAUCACUUUUAUUUUAG